AUGACAGAAGCAUCAUUAAAAACAGGUUCUUUUUACCAUCCUUGCCAGUUCAUUUCCUAUCUUCCUAAAAAACAGUUACUCGUGUGCUGUUCUGGUCCGUACUUACUGGGUUUUUCUUUGGCUACUGGAGAAAAAAACUUUGAGUUUUGCUAUCAAGAUGACUUACAGCAGAAAAAUAAAGAGGCAGCAGCUUAUGGACAAGCAUUUCGCCAAGCCGCAUUUUCAAAAGAUGAAUCUCGUCUGGUUGCUGUAAGCGAAGAUAAAUGUUUACGACUAUGGGAGAUCGAUGAGGCCGCUAAAGUCCAUUUGCGUUACGAAAAGACAAUUCCUAAACGAUGCGCAGAUAUGAAGUUUGACGAUUCUGGUGACCUUAUAUUUGGUGACAAAUUUGGUGAUGUUUACCGCAUAAAUGAAGAGUGGUUCAAAAGUGCAUCCUCAGAAAACCAAAAGGAAAAAAAGGAAUCAAAAUUAGAGCCUAUUAUGGGACAUGUUUCAAUUUUAACUCAACUUUGCCUUACAAAUGACCCACAUAAACCUGAUCAAAAAAUCAUCGUCACAUCUGACAGAGAUGAGCAUAUUCGAAUUUCUCGGUUUCCUUCAGCUUAUAUAAUUGACGGUUUUUGCAUGGGCCAUGAAGACUUUAUCUCUCGUAUAUCAUUAUACGAUAAUUCUACUUUAAUAUCUGGCGGAGGUGAUAACCAUGUCUUUUUAUGGGACUUAAAAUCCUGUCAAUGUUUGGAUGCUUUUGACGUCCGCUCGGCUUUUGCCAAUUAUUUAUCUGUCGACAAGCCAAUGGUGAUUUCUUCCAUAAUCCCUAUCCCUCCCAAAAAUCUGAUAGCUUUUGCAUGUGAGGGUAUCGCCGGCCUAGUUUUUGCAACCGUAUCUUCUGAAAAACGUUUAACUUAUCAUUCCGCUAUACCUCUUGCAGGACCCGUGCUUCAUGCCAUUUUCCUACAGAAGCCAAAGGAACGCAUCAUUGCUUCUUUAGAUUCAAGUGUUACAUUCGGUCCAUGCUUUCAGGAAAUAGGCUUCACGGAUGAAGGAUCUAUUCAGUGCGUGGAGAAUCCCAUUUUAGACCGCAUCGAAAAGCAAGGCUUAAUAAAGACAGAGACGAGAUUCUGCCCUUUGGCCCAGUUACACACUAUGAGAAAAAAUCAUUCAAAGUUUUUAAAGUCGGAUUCCACUCAACAACCUAAAGAGUGA